CAUCUGCAUUCGACGGGAGCCGGGAACCAGCAACGGCUGCUCUCCGAUGCAUGCGGUUAGCCUGGGCCCACCCCGGCUCGAGAGGGGCGCGAAAUUGGACCUUGCUUGUGCAGAGCCGACCGUCAUGGCGGCUGGUGUCAGUGCUUAAGCGUACAUUCUCGUGUCCUCCUGGACUCUUCUUCUCCAUCAUCACGCACCUCGCUCCUUGCGACGCUGACUUCCUACGACGACAGGAUGCCGCCAGAGCUCGCUGGCUCGCAGCCCGGGUGAUCUCGCCCUCGCCCUCCCUCCCCUCAACGCUGCUCGCACACCGCUUCACGUGCCCGGUGCCCCUUCUCCAACGAACAGCAGCGCCACGUCAACGGGGGUUCUCCGGCACGCCCGAACGGCCCUUUGUUCCCAGCCGUGCGGCGCGAGGCAGCAGCAACAUUCCAGGGCGCUUUUACACGAUUGCCUCUUUCGAUCCGAACGACUUUUGACGUCCGCUGUUGAUUGUUGGGCGUGAAGCCGUUUACCGACCCAUCGUACCCAAAAUCUCAGCCGCCUGGCCUGUGGAUCGCGCUUGCCAAGCCUCUCGAACCCUGGUCCACGCUAACGCCAUAAACGGUUAGCGCCCAUCCAUCGCACGGGCACCUGCACAACCUCGAACUGCUUCCAAUUCCAUCUUCGCCGGACCCGCCAGAGUCGAGGCUUUUCUUAUCGCCGCGUUUCAACCGAGCACAAUC